AUGUUUGGUCAAGUUGUUGUUGGAGGACCAGGUGCCGGCAAAUCCACGUACUGUUACGGUAUGUACCAGUUUCUUCUGGCAAUCGGACGAAGUCUGGCCGUCAUUAACUUGGAUCCUGCCAAUGAUCUGGUGCCCUAUCCCGUAGCCGUGGACAUCCGGGAUUAUAUUACAUUGGAAGAAAUAAUGGACGAGUUGAACUUGGGCCCAAAUGGUGGUCUCAUGUACGCAAUGGAAAACCUAAGUCAACAAGGGAUCGAUGAAUUCAUCAGUCGCAUUGAGAAGUUGGCUAAGGACGGCACUUACCUACUUUUCGAUUGUCCUGGUCAGGUUGAAUUAUUUACCCAUCACAACAGCUUGCAUGAUAUAUUCAAAAAACUUCAAUCUCAAGCAAAACUACGCUUGGUGUCGGUAAUGCUUGUAGAUUGUUUCUGGCUCACCCUGGCUCUGAACUACGUGCUGGUAUUAUUACUCACACUAAGAGCUAUGCUCCAGCUUGAUAUGCCACAUAUUCUGGUGUUUUCUAAGAUUGAUAUGUUGAAAGGUUAUGGGCAAUUACCCUUCCGACUCGAUUUCUACACUGAUUGCGAAAACUUGGCAGUGUUGGAGCCUCACUUAAUCAAAGAAUCCAACUCGGUUCUAGGGAAGAGAUACGUAGAUCUUACUAGAGCCAUUGCAGAGGUUGUCGAAGAUUUUGGUUUAGUACUGUUUGAAGUUCUUUCCGUUGAAAAUAAGCGAAGUAUGGUUCACCUUCUAUCGAUUAUCGACAAGGCAAACGGCUAUAGCUUCGGGUCUGAGGUAGGUGGUGAUACUGUGUGGGCUGAAGCUUCUCGGCAAGGUGGGCUGGCAGACAUCGAUAUCCAUGAGCGGUGGAUCGAUUAUAAGUCGGAGUGGGACAAGAAAGAGGCGGAGGAGGAGAGAGCUCGAAUGGAGGGUAACACCGUUGACAAGGAUGAUCUACUUUAG